AUGGAUCAGAUAGCUCGCUCAGGUCUCCACUGUCCUCUCGGUGUGGUUGGUGCCUUGCUUUCUACUGUACUCGGGGAAAUACACGCCGCAUUUGAACAUGGUAGCCGCAAGAGAACCAUGCCAUUACGGCAUGCAGCUUAAUCGCGCUAUGAAAUGGGCCAAGCGAAUGAGAUAGGAAGCGGACCGGCAGACGACGAACAGGAUAGCUUCAACGACAUGAUCCCAAAAGUACAAUAGUGGAAUCCUUCGCCCUGCGCCAAGUUCACUUGGCCGUGUAACAUUGGUUGAGGCUCGUUCCUCUCUCACAGAACCACCCCGCAGAGAAGGCAACUUGGACCUUUUUAAGUCGUCUGAAUUUUACUUCUUACUUUUCUGCUUUCGUUACGCCCAUCCCUCUCUCUCAGCUUUGUCGCUCCGCUUCUCCCCGUCCGCGUCUCUUCCCUCUCCCUCUUAACCACCAAGCAUCAAACUGCAUGAUGCAUCACGAACCGGACGCAAAGAUGUUCGACCCGGCGACGCAGAAGAAGACGGUCGACUCCGGGGCCCCGGCCUCCGACAUUGAAGACACCUCCGUCAGCUCGGCUAAAGACAUUCUGGAAAAUGAGGGCGAGGACCCCGUGCUCGCAAUGAAAAUGCAUCUCGUCAAUGACGCAAACGAUGAAAUUGGCUGGACAAACUUCCACUGGAAGCUCUUCGUCCUCAACGGUUUCGGCUACGCCGUCGACUCGCUCAUCGCCUUGGUCCAGUCUGUCACCAACGCGGGCGCGAUGCUCGAACUUGGGAAGCCGUCAACCUAUUCAAAUGCGGGCACUGUUUCGCUCUACGUCGGUUUGCUCAUCGGGGCGCUUUUCUGGGGCUUCGGUGCGGAUAUCAUUGGACGGAGGAUCGCGUUUAACGUCACGCUACUCAUCACGUCUCUCGCGACAAUCGUCUCGGGUGCGAGUCCCAACAUUGAAUCGUGGGGCUUCUUCACCGCGCUAUCGGCGUUUGGAGCUGGCGGUAACCUGGUGCUCGAUCCGACAGUCUUUCUCGAAUUCCUCCCGAGUAAUAAGCAGUGGACGGUUACGGCGCUCGCAUUGUGGUGGGGGUUCGGGCAGGCGUUGGUGGGCUUCAUUGCGUGGGGCUUCUUGACCCAGGAGCGAUGGAACUGUACCGAGGGUAUGGACUGUAACUGGUCCAACAACCCCGGCUGGCGCUACGUAUCCUUCACCUCGGGAGCAUUCGUCUUCGUCGCGUCCGUUGCGCGAGUGACCGUCAUGCGCCUCCAGGAGACGCCAAAGUACCUCCUCAGCGUCGGCCGUGAUGCCGAUCUGGUGCGCAACUACCAAAAGAUGGCGCAAAAGUACAACCGGCCCUGUUCGCUCACGCUGGAGAAGUUGACGGCGUGCGGGCAGAUCAAGAACGCCGGUCAGAGCAGAAACAACUUCAGGUUUGUGAUUCGCGAGCUGGGCGCUCACGUCAAGGGCCUAUUUUACACCAAGAGAAUGACGCUUAGCACUGUCUUGGUUUGGUUUUCGUGGACGCUAAUCGGUCUGGCUUAUCCCCUGUUUUAUGUUUUCCUGCCAUCGUACCUUGCAUCGAGAGUGCCGGAUAACACCGAGACGCCAUUCGAGACGUGGCGAAACUACACGUUAACGAAUAUUUCUGGCAUUCCCGGCCCAAUUAUUGCUGGUUACCUGGCCAAUAUCCCUCGCAUCGGCCGCAAGUACACGAUGGCCAUCGGCGCUUUACUCUCAAUGGCGUUCUUCUUCGGUUACACAGCGGUGUCGGCCGCUGACCAGAAUAUCGGCCUCAGUUGCGCGAUUGCUUGCGCAAUCAAUAUUUACUACGGUACACUGUACGCAUAUACCGUCGAGGUUUUCCCCUCAGCCCAUCGCGCCACGGGCAACGGUAUCGCCGUCGCCUUCAAUCGCCUCAUGGGUAUCGUGUCUGCUUUUGUUGCGAGCAGUGGUAAUACGGCAACAUCAGUUCCGUUGUAUGUCUGCGCGGCGCUGUUUGGAGUUAUGGCCGGCGUGUCCGCUCUGUUUCCCUUUGAACCCUAUGGAAGGAGAAGUUCAUAGACUUGCUAGAAAUUUCCGUUACGUUGGUAGCGUUGCUUCGGAAAGCCAUACAGUUCGAAGUACCUGCACCACCUCGAUUUUUCAGUGUAAAUCACACUGUGUCAGCGGUACCGGGUGAUGCGGAAAAGAGAGAAGCGGAAGAAAGAAGACCUCCGAUGUUCGCACCUCGUUUGGGCCUGACAGAAAAACCACAAGUAAAGGAUUCGAUACACAGUCACUUCAGUACCGGCGGAUUCCUCAUACCGGAACUCUUCAUUGCGGCUCUAGAGAUUAUCUCAAGAGCUAGACACCGACGGGUCUGCUUCGUUUUCGGUGCUCAAACUGAGCUUGUGGUUGGCCAUAUUAUCGGGAGCCCAGAUGUUAGAUACCUCGUUCGAUUGCUCCAUAACAAAAUACGAUACCCUACUCAACUCCA